UGAAACUUGAACCUUUUCAUUUGACUCCUUAUCUUUUUCUAUUUUGUUUUCUUUCUCCGGAUAUAUUACCACGCCAUCCAUUCUUAAACUUCACUCACUCUGCAUUUUCAGCACUCUCUGGAGUUAUCAAAGUUAAGCAAUUGAGGAAGAAUAUGGUGAAACCUGAGAAUGAUGAUACUGUUUCUGGAACUAGCAGAAGAAAUCAAUCAGGAAAUGCCAACAUGGAGAGAGGAAAAGGGUCAUUUCAAUUAGUAACUGGCAAGGGGAGUCAUUCUUACAGCAAGAAUCAAAUGAAUAGAAUUGCGAAGGAUGAAUAUUCAGGAAGUAAACUCACCUGCACUUUCUGCAUUUGUAAAAAGACUUGUGGAGUUGUAUGCUCAAGAACAAAAUUAUUGAAUAUUCUGAUUGUAUGUGGAAAACCACAGGCAGCUAAUGUGAUUUUCAAAAAGUUGAUUGAAGAAGGGCAUCAGCCAUCUUUAAUAACAUACACGUCUUUGUUACAUGCUUUGACCAUGCAGAAGUGCUUCAAAUCUAUACAUUCCCUUGUCUCGCAAGUGGAAGAAAAACAAAUGAAGACUAACUCAAUAUUUUACAAUGCUGUUAUAAAUGCAUUUGCUGAAUCCGGGAACAUGGAAGAUGCAAAAAAAACUGUUCAGAAGAUGAAAGAAAGUGGAUUCAGACCUUCCACUGGCACUUAUAGCAACUUGAUAAAAGGCUAUGGUAUUGUAGGUAAGUCUGGUGAAGCAAUGAAGUUGCUAGACCUUAUGUUAACUGAUGGAAAUUCGAAACCCGAUCUUCAGACAUACAAUAUGCUUAUCAAAGCAUUGUGUCAAUCGGGGAACAUGUCUGAGGCAUGGAACAUUGUGUGUAAGAUGCCUGCUUCUGGAAUGCUACCUGAUUCUGUAACUUUCAACACAAUGGCAAUCGGUUAUGUUCUUAAUAGUGAAACUGCUGAGGCUGAAGCAAUGAUUUUAGAGAUGCAGAGGAAAGGUUUGGAACCAAAUGAGAGAACUUUUACCGUCAUCGUAAAUGGAUAUUACAAAGAAGGUCAAAUUAAGGAAGCCCUACAGUUCGUUUACAGAAUAAAGGAUUUGGGGUUUAAGCCUAAUCUUCUUGUGUUUAAUGUCCUCAUUAAUGGUUUUGUGGAUAGGAUGGAUAGAGAUGGUGUUGAUGAGGUUUUGAGAUUGAUGAAAGAAUUUCAAAUCCAACCAGAUGUGGUAACAUACAGCACUAUAAUGAAUGCAUGGAGCCAAGCUGGAUUCCAGGAUAAAUGCAAGCAAAUUUUCGACAACAUGUUGCAAUCUGGUGUAAAGCCAGAUGUGCAUGCUUAUAGUAUUCUUGUUAAAGGUUAUGUGAGAUCAAUGGAAACAGAGAAAGCCGAAGAACUGCUAGGCGACAUGAUUGAGUCCGGUGUCCGUCCAAAUGUUGUUACAUUUACAAAUGUCAUAAGUGGAUGGGGCAGUUCUGGCAGAAUGGACAAUGCUAUCAAGAUCUUUGACAAGAUGUGCGAAUUAGGGGUUUCUCCAAAUUUGAGGACUUUUGAGGCCCUUAUUUGGGGAUAUGCAAAAGCAGAUCAGCCAUGGAAAUCAGAAGAAAUACUCCAAUUAAUGGAAGAGUUUCAUGUUCACCCUAAGAAGUCCACAUUCUUGCUUGUUUCAAAAGCUUGGCGCUUUGCUGGAUUAACAGAAGAAGCUAUUAGAUUACGGAGUAUUUCAAGAGCCAAACAAAGGAUCAAUUCAAUAGAUGAAGAUGGAAACGUAGCUACAACCUCUGAGAGAAUUUACCAAAAGCCACAUAUUGCUCCUUUAAGCAGUCUCUUACAGUGCCUCCCAUCAUCUGUAGGUUCCACUGAUAAAAAAGGCACAGCUUUGGGAGCUAGAAGAAAUAGUAGGCUCCCAAGAGAUGCUGAUUUGGUGACUACAUUGAUCUCGACAAAAUUCAAGUGUCAUUCUCGUACCUGUAGAUUUGUUGAAGGAUUUUCCGUCAUGUGUCAUAAACGGUUUCAAGGUCAGCGUGGUACAUACCAACUUACAAAUUCCUGCACACCAGUAUUCUUAAACUAAAAGGGUUUGAGAGGUGAAGUGUGGAAUCACUUUUGGAGUAACCAACAAAAACUUUUAAUUUUUUGUUCACCUUAUUACUCCUUACAUUUUCGUGUAAUAAAAAAGGGAAAGGACUUGUAUUCUAUUCUUUGCAACUUUUAAUAUCUCUAGUUGUUACGUUACUGUUUUUCUUUCCUCGCUAACCAAGAAAUUACUUGAAUAAAACAUGGAUAUACUAAAAUCCAUUAACUACUGA